AUUGGUGACAUAUUAACGUGAACGAUUUUUUAUAAAGUAAUUGACCUAAGUAGGAAUGUAGGAUUAAAAUAUAUGAUUAAUGCAAGAAUAGGACUAUAGGCUUUUUUUAUUUCCAAAAUAGGACUAUUUUCUAUUUUAUUCCCACCCUACCCUUUCUUCUCACGCAGCAACGAAUACAUACGGACAAAUAUUUUUUUCAUUCUCUCUCUUCUCUCUCCUUUCUUCUCUCUCCCUCUCUUUUCUCUUCACGCACCAAAUCAGAAACCAGAUCUGCUCCCAAGCUCUCUUCAAGCAAUAGAUCUGCUCCACGCCAAACUCAUCUUCGAUCUUUUACACCUCCUGUUCAAUCAUAUCUCCUCCUCUCACAUAUCUCCAGAUUUCAAUACAUAUAAACUCAUCCGUCUUCGACCGAUUUUAGAGUAUGAACAGUGGUUUUAUCUGGAGCUUCGGCGGGCGACGGGCGGCGGGCGGCGGACGGCGAGCAACAAGCGGUGAGCGGCGGAGAAUUCAUAGAAAGCAGGUAGUGUCCGCUUCUCUCAAACUAUAAGAAGGCCGCAAGAAAAUCAUAGUGUCCGGCCUCAAUCAUACAAAUAAGCAAAACAAAGUGAAAAGCAUGGUUAUGGAUCAACACAAAUUAUGGGUCGUUCUAGCGGUGUUGUCACUCGCGAUUUCCGCUGCGGACUUAUCAUCCGCAACGAAAUUCCCGGUGGUCGAUUUGGUCAAUCGAUUCGACGAAAAUAAUGUAACUUUGUUAUGCAAGGCUUUCGAACACACCAUACUGUCAGGCCAGAAAUUUUCAUUCGAAGCCAAGGAGAAAAACGACCCAAAUGCCUAUGGUUGCGGCUGCUAUGACAGUCACGAAGGCAAACUGGUGAUCGAUGCAUAUGAUCUUAAAAGAGAUAAACAGAAUCAACUCAUCCAUUGGAAGUUUACCAGCAUUGGAGCCUAUCUUAGUUAUGAUAAUAUUCACUGGAAAUUAGAAGCAGAGUGGGAAUCUGAUUAAUUAAUUGCUUUUAUCUUCAUUUUUUGUUGUUGUUUCUGAUAUCAAUCAACAUUAUUAUAAAUCCGAUUCAUCUUCAUUUU